AUGGACAGGGCGGCGCUCCUGGGACUGGCCCGCCUGUGCGCGCUGUGGGCAGCCCUGCUCGUGCUGUUCCCCUACGGAGCCCAAGGAAACUGGAUGUGGUUGGGCAUUGCCUCCUUCGGGGUUCCAGAGAAGCUGGGCUGCGCCAAUUUACCGCUGAACAGCCGCCAGAAGGAGCUGUGCAAGAGGAAGCCGUACCUGCUGCCGAGCAUCCGAGAGGGCGCCCGGCUGGGCAUUCAGGAGUGCAGGAGUCAGUUCAGACACGAGAGAUGGAACUGCAUGAUCACCGCUGCCGCCGCCACCGCCCCGAUGGGCGCCAGCCCCCUCUUUGGCUACGAGCUGAGCAGCGGCACCAAAGAGACAGCAUUUAUUUAUGCUGUGAUGGCUGCAGGCCUGGUGCAUUCUGUGACCAGGUCAUGCAGUGCAGGCAACAUGACAGAGUGUUCCUGUGACACCACCUUGCAGAACGGCGGCUCAGCAAGUGAAGGAUGGCACUGGGGGGGCUGCUCCGAUGAUGUCCAGUAUGGCAUGUGGUUCAGCAGAAAGUUCCUAGAUUUUCCCAUCAGAAACACCACGGGCAAAGAAAACAAAGUACUAUUAGCAAUGAACCUACAUAACAAUGAAGCUGGAAGGCAGGCUGUCGCCAAGUUGAUGUCAGUAGACUGCCGCUGCCACGGAGUUUCCGGCUCCUGUGCUGUGAAAACAUGCUGGAAAACCAUGUCUUCUUUUGAAAAGAUUGGCCAUUUGUUGAAGGAUAAAUAUGAAAACAGUAUCCAAAUAUCAGACAAAAUAAAGAGGAAAAUGCGCAGGAGAGAAAAAGAUCAGAGGAAAAUACCAAUCCACAAGGAUGAUCUGCUGUAUGUUAAUAAGUCUCCCAACUACUGUGUAGAAGAUAAGAAACUGGGAAUCCCAGGGACACAAGGCAGAGAAUGCAACCGUACAUCAGAGGGUGCAGAUGGCUGCAACCUCCUCUGCUGUGGCCGAGGUUACAACACCCACGUGGUCCGGCACGUGGAGCGGUGUGAGUGUAAGUUCAUCUGGUGCUGCUAUGUCCGUUGCAGGAGGUGUGAAAGCAUGACUGAUGUCCACACUUGCAAGUAACCUACUCCAUCCAGCCUUGGACAAGACGCCUCAGCAAUACACAAUGGCAUUGCAACCAGAGGGGUGCCCCUCCCUGUGCAGCUAGUAAAGUUGACUCUUGCAGUGGAAUCCCCAGAACCUUGGACCUCUCUGAGAGUUUCCCUUACCUGAUCGACAUAUUUUCCUUUAACUGAUCAACCCAUUGAUCGUGUGGAUUUCUUCGGAUUCUAAUGUUGAAAAGGUUUAUAUUCACCUUUUGGUGAUUUGGGGAAUAUAUAUUGACAUAUGAGGAAGAUAAUCUGUUUCCUAAGCAAGAAGUAACAGGAAAGAUCCCUCAUGCCAGGAGGCCUGCCACACUCAGGAUAAGAUCCUUGAAUAUGGAACUUAGUUACAGGACUCAAUAAUGGUGGGUGAACAUUAGUCAUUUUUAAAAGACACCUCUUAUAGCAAUAAGGAGACAUUGACAUGAAUCUCAUUUAUUCUCUCAGUAUUUUAAUUGAAGAAAUCAUACUGCUUGUGCGUAGACAGAAGAUGUUGAAAAGUUAACAUAAGCAUUGGGUGCUGACUUACCCUUUCAUGCAUUUCCAAAGGAAGGAUUCCAAAAAAAGAAUCUUCUUAAGUGAUACAAUAUCCCUAAAAAAAUGGUCGUUACAGACGUUUAGUGACAAACAAAGAAACAAUAAGUAAAGAGUAAAAUGAAUGAUUUAGAUUUUAAGUGCCUUUUCACUGGGAGAAUCUGGAAAACCCUCCAUAAGGUAUAUAGCAAUCUUUGAUCUUUAGAUUCAUACUUUUAUCACAGACCAGUUUCAAUGGUUAAAAACCCACCUCUGAGAUACUAGGGGGGAGGAUCCUGAAACGUGGGAA